GUUGAGGACUAACCGAUGACAUUUUCUUUCUCGUUGCAGGUGAACAAGCUGUACGCCAUCAUCUCGUCGUCCAUCUCCUUCUGGAUCCCGUGCACCAUCAUGAUCUUCACAUACCUCGCCAUCUUUAAAGAGGCCAAUCGGCAGGAGAAGCAGAUGCACAAUCGCAUGGGCAACGCCAUGAUGAUGUCACACGGCGCGUCCAACGGCGACGCUCUCUCGGGCGGCUCCAACAAGGCCCUCACGCUGCACGAGGCGGCCCAGAGCACGCCCACCAAGGACAGGCAGAUCAGCAAGAUGAAGCGCGAGCACAAGGCUGCCAAGACGCUCGGCAUCAUCAUGGGCAUCUUCAUUCUCUGCUGGCUACCUUUCUUCCUGUGGUACGUGAUCACGACGCUGUGCGGCGACGCGUGCUACUGUCCUGACGUCGUCGUGGCGCUCCUCUUCUGGAUCGGCUACUUCAACUCGACGCUCAACCCCCUUAUUUACGCCUACUUCAAUCGCGACUUCCGAGAGGCGUUCAAGAACACGUUGCAGUGCGCGUUCUGCUCACUGUGCCGACGGCCGCCGUCCGACCUGGACGCACUUGAUAUGCGGCGGCCGUCGCUCCGGUUCGACGACCGGACCAAGAGCGUGUACUCGGAAACGUACCUGAGGCACAUAGACCGGAGACGUUCGUCCGAGUUUGGCAGUAGCCUGUGACGUCCUGAGCCGCCCGGACACGGCAGCUCCUCCGGGAGCGGGAACAGUGUGCCGGGCAGCGACGGCGCGUGCGACGCGUCGUGGACGUGAGUGUGUGCGUGAGUGUGGCGGGCGCGGUGCGGGCCGCCUGCAAGAGUGAGUGUGUGUGAGUGUCACGUCGCCUGCGGACUGAAUGACAAUGGAAAUGAAACCCAUGUACCUUAACAAUACUUAAAGACAUUUUUAUUGUGCCGUGUAGUGUUCUUUCUCCACUCUCUCCUGGAAACGUAGUGCGUUAAAUCAACGGAGUGCUUGGAGACUGUUUAUAUUAGAUUGCGUAUGUUUUUAUUUUUUGAUUGAUCGAUUUGAUUGUUCGAUAUUGUUUGUCUUGUACCUUUACAAAUGCAGCACAAGGAAAGAUAUCUAAGUUUCUCGGGCC